UAUAACUAUCUAAUAAUUAAAACAUUCGGUAUACGAUUCGGUGACGGUGAGCACACUAGAUAACGCUUUUGGAGGACUUGUGAAAAAAAAGGAGUUCAAAAUGCAGCUUCUCUGGCUGCUCGCAUUGUUGUGCGCAAGGCACGGAACCGGUGACGUAACAGACGUUACUGAUCACUUAAAAUCACCCAUUUGGUAUGUGCAGUUCGAAUUUGAACAGUUAAAUAUGACAAUGCAACAGUCCCGUAAUGUAUCCUUUACCAUCACUGACAUAGAAUCGUCUUGGGGCCCUGAUUUUGAACUGCACGUAUUGAACGAAAAUGACGAGGUCAUAUAUAUAGAUCAUGUUAACAUGAUAUCCAGCCUUGUGGAGGGAAAAACGUUGCUAAAAGGAAACUUCACUGCCAACGCUAUAUUUUUGGGAUACACGAGUGUUCACAUGGAACUACAAAAGAACAGCCAUGAACCGCAAAUAUCGCAACAGUUGAUGAAAAUUAUUGUGACUAGACCAAUGAAUUUGAUCGAUAUUAUUUUUAACGUAUGCAUUGCAAGUUUUGUGAUAAUUAUCUAUGUAAAUUUCGGCGCUGUUUUGGACUUGGCCGAUUUGAAAGCUAUUGUGAUACGCCCAGUGGGCCCAGCUAUUGGCUUGUUUUGUCAGUUUGGUGUGAUGCCUGUUCUGAGUUUUUUAAUUGGCUAUUUUCUCUUUCGUGAAAUGAUAGAGUUACGUUUGGGACUAUUUUUCUUGGGCGUUUCCCCAGCAGGUGGCGCAUCUAAUAUGUUUGCUGUGCUGCUGGAUGGAAAUCUCAGCUUGUCCAUUACGAUGACGACGAUAAGCAAUUUAGCGGCAUUUGUCAUGAUGCCAUUGUGGAUCUUCACAUUGGGGGCAUUAAUAUUUCGCGAUGGAAAUUUUGCUAUUCCUUACAACACAAUUGCCGUCAUCUCGUUUACGCUAGUUGUGCCGAUUGCCGUGGGUCUCAUGCUGCAGAAGUAUGCACCCGAAGUUACGAGCAGAAUUUCCAAGCUGCUGAAGCCAAUUUCAUUGUUGCUUAUUCUAUCCAUAAUAAUUUUCGGCUGCAUUAUCAAUUCCUUCAUAUUCAAACUGUUGUCUAUUGAGAUUUUAAUCGGUAGUUGUGUACUGCCGUGGCUGGGCUAUAUAAUCGGUUGGCUUUUGGCUACUCUUCUGGGUCAACCGGCAAAGGAUGCUAUUACUAUUUCUAUUGAGACUGGCAUACUCAAUGUCGGGAUUCCCAUGUUUAUGUUGAAUUUCACAUUACCACAGCCACAAGCAGAUAUGACGAGUGUUGUGCCAAUAGCCAACGCAUUGUUGACGCCUUUACCUUUGCUGCUUAUCUAUUUUCUCAAACUGUGCUUCUGGCGCAAGAAUGGAAAAUCAGUGGAGGAGAACUCAAUAAGCAAAGAAGUCAAAGAAAGUGAAGGGAUGUCUAUAAUGGAAAAAGGGGCAGAAAAAGAGAAUGAUAAGUAUGCACAGUGAAAUCCAUACUUCAAUUGUGAUCAUCAAUAAUUUCUAGCAAAAAAAUAGUCAUCGCAUAUAAACUUUUAUAUAAAACUAAUAUUUUAAACAAAAAACCUCACAGCUGAAGAAUCCUUAGAAAUCCUAAUAUGUUUUUACUCACUCAGAGGCCAAUGGCUCACACGGGUCAACUACU